GCACAAUUUUUCUGUAAACUUAAAACUGCUCUAGAAAAUACCAUCUAUUAAUUUUUAAGAAUUUAUUUUGCAAAAAAAAAAGGAAUCUAUUUUGCAAGAGAAAGAUUGGGCAGGGGUGGGGGAAGGUUGUGGGUGUCCACCCGAGGGCUGUGGGGACAGGGCUGGCUGUCUGGGGCGCUGGCUAGCCGUGAGCCCAAUGGCGUGUGCUGGGCAUCUGGUCUUGCUGCUCCUCCUCCUGCCCACAUCCAUGGCCUGGAGGACCAGGAUCCCGUUCCUGUCCCAUAAGGGGAUUGGGGAAGCCUGCGAGGGUCACUCAGAGUGCCAGAGCCACUGCUGCGUCACCAAUAGCCUGAACCCGCGGACAUUCUGCACUUCCAGGACCAUCUUCCUCAAGUGCUUGUCCUGGCAGAAGCCCAAUAGCCACACCUGCUCUGAGCAUUCGGAGUGCCAGAGCAACUGCUGUGUCACCACCAAUGACAGCAUGAGGAUGUUCUGCAAGCCCAAGACUAUUUUCCUACAGUGUAUACCUUGGCGCAAGCCCAACGGGCAUGACUGCACUGACCACACUGAGUGCAGAAGCCAGUGCUGCAUCAUGCCGAAUGAGGUCAGCCACCACCGGUGCAUCCCCCGGAGUGGGCUCCUGGCCCAGUGCCUGCCCAUGUGGUGAACUCCUGAGGCCAAUAGUGGGAAGUGUCUCUGAGGACAAAUCACAGCCACUGGAACCCGCAGCUUAAUGGCUUCGCAUCAAUAAACACUGCUGACCGACUGAACGUGUUGUGUCACUUCCAUUUCCCCCCAGACAACAAAGGUAAGAAAAACAAUCUGUGGAUUCCUGAGAAGGUGAGUCUAGUCUGAGAUCAAGUCGUAACUGGAAGGGAAAGAGCCAGAGCUGCACCGUUUAAGCCGCGCCGUGACAAGCCCUGCCCAAGCACACAGCCUCUUGUCUGUGCAAGUCUAUUCAUUGUUCCAAACUGAAAAGGCUCCCUAAGCAUUGCUGGCGGAUGUGAAACACGGUAUAAGGGCAGAUUGGCGCUGAGGACUCCCUGGAGGGACACCUGCUUCCCUGGGUCACUUCUCCUUCCCCCUUUGGCCUGAGUUUAUGCAGCAUCUCCUGGAGCAGAUGCCCCAGCUGACUGACCCAUCCCCACCAGCGGCUUCUUCGUGUUCCCAGUCCCUAGGACCUUAGUGUGUUGCCUGGAGAACCGUCUUCUGAGGCUUCCAUUUCCCACACCUGCUGACAUCAGACUUCUUGUCUGGGCUCCAUCAGAAAUAAUUAUCUCGUUCCUCUUCUCCUCCUCCUCCUCUCUCUUGCUCCUUCCCCUUCCCCUCCUCCCCUCCCUCUUCCCAUGUCCUCCCCUUCCUCUCCUUCGCCAGCUGUCGGGGCAGAGGUGGAGGGGAUGACGAUCCUGAGAUCCUGACGGUCCCGUGCUUACACUGGCCCCCACUGCCCAGAGUCACUUCUCCAUGCCUGUAUUUCUAGCAGCUAAACAUAGUUCCUAAAUUGUACCAUCCAAAAGACAAGCUCCCUUUUAUUGAAGAUUUGGAAGAGAUUUCUCUGUCCUUAACUGCACCCGAUGAAGGCUUGCAUUUAGAGGUCACAGUGGGUGAAAAGACAUGUAACAUGGAAGUUGCCUCCCGGGCUGAGGCACCACCAGAGCCCAGCUGAGAAUGGCCGGCUGCUCAGGCCCACAGGAAGGCCUGGCCCUGAAACGGGGUCUCUGAGCAGGCUCCUGGGGCAGCAUCCCUGACCCCAGCAUCCCCCCAGGGCCCACGGGCAAGGUAGCCUGGCAGCCACCUCAAUGAAGGCACAGCUGGAGGCCCACAGAUGGUGAGCCAAUUGCCUGUGGGCAGGGACCACAGGCCUGGGGUGGCCUGGACCUAAGAGGGCAGCUGAUGCAGAGCGUGGGCCCGGAGAUGCCUCAGAGAGAUGCUUGGCAUCGGCAGAUCCGAGCCCGAUCCGAGCCCGAUCCCACACAUGGGGCAGAUGGGCCCUGAAGCCAGAGCUGGAGCCAUCUGGACUGCCUGUGCCGCCAGGGCCAAGGGGACACCUGGGCACCUCCUUUGCUGCAGAGGCCUGGCCCCUCACGGACAGGUAGCCCACCUGGGGACCACGUGCCACCUCGAAGACCAUCCCGGAGUGGGAUCCGUCCACGCAGAGGCCGGUCCAGUGCUCUGAGGUCGACCCCAAGCUCCAUGGGACUGGGGAGCCCCCUAAGCCCAAGGGGGGCAGGCAAGGGGCAGAGGGCAAGGGGCAGAGGGCAGGGUACAAGAGCGCAGGGGCAGCAGCUGGGAGACCAGGGACAGGGCAGCUGUAGGAAGAGGCUGGAUCACAGGACAAAGCUAUGGGGGCACAUGGAAUUGGCCUCGUUAAAAGUCUAAUAACACAGUGGCACAUAUGUCCCUGAAAAGCCGAUUGGGACACAACUGCCCUAGGUUUCCAGCCUCGGGUGGGGUGAUGGUGAAUCCUCCCACAGAGAGACCCGGGGAGCCUUGAAGGCUGGAGAAGCCGGAGACCCAUUGGGACACAAGCCAGGAGGAGACAGGCUGCUGCCACAUGAAAGCCGCCAGCUUAGAAGGAGCCUCGGAGUUGGGGCCCUUCCACCUGGAAGGCAAUCAGGGUGGUGUGGGUGUGGAUGGAGCCCCCAGGCACAGAGGGACCCGGCUUCCAGGGCACAGGAGAAGGGGCCCCUACCGUGCAUACGCGAGCCACGCAGGUAUGGGGAUCCAGGGACCCAGGAGAGUGUGAGUGUGAGGAGCAGCCCCGGGGGUCCGAUCCUCAGGCCCAGGCCAGCCAGCUGUGCCCGUGUCUCCCCCAGAGGUCACCCGGAGGGGCUGGGGUGGCCCGCGGCGUGCUUCCCAGCAAGAGACCCCUGGGAGGCUCGAUGCUCAGGAACCUGGGACACCCUCAGGCAGCAGCUGCAGGCAGGCUCGGCACCAUUACAGGCUGUCAUCCCACAAAGUGUUUGGGGGGGAUCUUUUAUUCCAGAGGCUGUGGGGUGAUGGCAGCUCUCCCGCACCUCCGCACGUCCGCAGGGCCUCAGCUGGCUGCCCGGGUCAGGGGCGCCCACGACGCAGCUGGAGCUGGAGGAGCCGGGACCGUGUGGCCAGGUGGGCCUGAGUCCACGACUGUGUUGUCUUUCUGUGAGAGACAACUGGCGCCUGGAGGUGGGGAGAAGGCAGGGACUUCCUUCCGCAGCCAGCGCACAUGGGCUGUCAGCAGAUGAGAGCCACUGCUCAGAAUCCUUGCUGGGCUUUGACCCCAACGACUCACUGUCAAGGGCUGCUUUGCCAGGACACGGCCUGGUGGCUGCAGGAAUAGCCCCUCAAGGACACACGUGGAGCCUUGAUACCUGGGAAGCCCGGACCCACCAGGCAGCCAGUCCAGACGGGGGCUGAGCUUGGCCACUUGAAAGGCAGAGUGGAGGGAUCUCGAAGCCUUGCAAGGACUGGCUCCAGAGUGCUGACCAUGGUAUCCUCGAGGAGAGGCACCUGGGUCUCGUGUGCUGCAGAAACAGAUUACACCUCCCAGUACCACAGUGAACAAAAAUGGCACCAGCGGGCAUCCUUGUCCUGUCUCUCAUCUUAGAGGAAAAGCUCUCAGGUUUUCACCGUUGACUUUGAUGAGUGCUUGGGGUCUGCUGCAUAUGGUCUUCAUCAUUUGAGUGUGAUUUUGUUCCAGUAACUUCAUUUUCUGUAAUACCUACAAACCUUUUGAGACGAACAGGGAGCCCCUGAGGCCGACCAUUGGACUUGUCAGACAACUGAGAAUUCUCGACAGAGAAUUUGUUUUCUCUCAAAUACAGCCACUUUGAAGGGUCUGUCAUCGGGCCAGUGACGAGGAGGAUCCUACUAAUCUCAGCAAGAACUCAAAGCAAUAAGCUAUGAGAAAUACCUGGAGGCCACUUGCCAGGCUCACCAUGGACACGAGAGGCAUCUCUGAAAGGGACACAGGUGACGUGCCUCAUGCAAGCCACACGUUUACUCCUGAGAAUAGUCUAAGAAAGCAAAGGCCUCGGUCCCCAGGCAGUGAGGACGGUGUGUGAAACACGCUGUCUCCGGUCUCCCAUGGACAUGAGAGGUCUCCAACCACCAUCCUGCUCACCUGUGACAUGGGGCAGGUGCCGCUGGAAGGGGACUCUUCCAGCACUCACAGACACGGAGUUGAGAGGACAGGCCCCUGAUGUGCUGGUGCCUCUUGUGCCAAACCCCGCAGGGAGCUGGCACAGCCAGACAGCAUGCUGCCCGUUGACCAUGCACGGAGGGAAGCCCCUCACUGGGCCAGAGGGCCAAGGCCAGAGAACAUUGUCACUGCUCCCGAAGCCAGGCUCUCAGGACAUGGAGCCACAUGGAGGGAAGCCCCGCAUUGGGUUUUCAGCCAGGGAACCCACUGCGCCAACGGGCUGCUUUCCACUGGGGAUGUGCCCAUCGAUGCGGCUUGAACCACAGGCUCAAGGUCCUGUGGCUGCGUGUCUCCCUAUGUUUAUAUGGAGAAGAAAAGAUCCAGAAUAGCCAGCUCCAUCUUGAAUGACAAGAAGGAGGCAAGAGGACUGGCCCUAUGACACCACCCAAUAUCCAGAGCCUCUGGGAAGUGACAGGGAUGGAGACAGUGAGGUCCUGCUGAACGGACAGAUCAACGGGGCAGAAAAUGAGCUACAACAUAGUCCAUUGAUCACUGCCAAAGGUGUAAAGACCAUACGACAGAACAAAGAUGGGCUCUUCCAUACAUGGCACUGGGACAACAGAACAACCAUGUGCAAAACAAUAAAGAACCACCGAGAUAGAGGCCUUACACCCAUUAUAAAAUUACCUCAAACUGGAACACUGACCCAAGGGUAAAACACAAAAUGACAGGCUGCUUAUCAUUCUGCUUUGUAGAUCUCAUAUUUUCUACACAUUGAGGGUGCGUGGCAACCCUGUGGCACCAAGGCCAUCGGUGACAUUAUUCCUAUGGCAUUUGCUCACUUCAUGUCUCUGGCCCCAUGUUGGGAAUGCCCACCAUAUACCAAAUGCUUCCACUGUUACGCUGUGUGUUCUGGUGAUCUUUGAUGUUACUACUGUAAUUGUCUGGGGCACCUGUAUCCAUAAUGACGAACUUCAUAUGUGCUGUGUGUGUUGUGACCGCUCCAUCCACUGCCGUCCCCAUCUCCCUCCUUCUCCUCAGGCCUCCUGCUCUCUGAGACACAACAGUACUGAAACCAAGGCAGCUAGUGAUCCUACUGUGGCUUCUAGGUAUUCAGGUGAAAGAGCUACAUGCCUCUCGCUGUAAAUCAAAAGCUAGACAUGAUUAAGCUCAGUGAGGAAGGCAUGUUGAAAGUGAGAUAUGCUGAAAGCCAGGCCUUUUGUACCAAACAGACCAGUGGUGAAGGAAGAGUAACAUUCUGGAAGAAACUGAAAGAGCUACACCAGUGAACACACGAAGGAUACGUUGGCACCAGCUAAUGAGGAUUCUGACGCACACCAGAGUGUCUCCACACAACAAGGGUCUGCAACACAGUCAGCAGGGACUGAAAUCACAAACAUGCUUUAUCGCGGUGGGUUUUACACUGAGAUGUUCCCGGGUGCUGAGAACAGAUACCAACUGCCUCAAUGGCUCCCCCAGGUCUCUCUGAAACCCCACAAACAGCAGAGCCACUACCAGAAAAUACACCAACGAUCCGUCAACUCCAGGGGCCGAAUCUGGAGUGGCCCCUGACAGCAGAGCCCUGACAGACAGAGGGGAACUAGUCCUGAGCACAAGUCCUGACAGGGAGAUGGCACAUUUCUGAGCAGGACACAGAUGGGAGGUCGGCCCUCUGCAUCAGCUGAGGAGAUCCCAACUGUGCCAGUAACAGACCUGCUGGAACUUGUCCACUCUCCAGCAGUUUGCACUGGGGACCUUCUGCUCUCUGGGAAACCCCAAUCGCUGGAGAAGCAGGAUAUGCAGGGAUGCAUCAGUGGAAACCUCCACUUGACUCUCCACAAGGAUCAGUGAAGCACCAGAACACCACUCUCUUCCACACUGACCUGGAGGAAGAAGAUUGGACAGAACCGCUAACUGGCACCUGGUAUUAGAACCCAGCAACUCCACCAGAUUCUUCCAAUGUCAGACUACAAUUUUCCACACAUAUACAAUUUUCUUCUACCUUUUUGACUUGAAAUCAUGGAACACAGAAAUAUGGGGAGGCUGCUGGAUGCCGGCCUCGGACAGGUCUGCUCAGAAUGGCUUCGGUUGAUGCCGCCCGUCUGUGUCUGGAGCCCUUCCCACUGCAGCCCUGGUGUCAGUGGGGUGGGCCUCCCCCUCCACGGGAGGCGCCGGGUGCUCAGGGACCCCAGGACCCCAGAAGCGCAAGCAAUCGAAAACAUCGUGAUGAAGUGGAAGAUGAAAAGCUCCCGUUGGCCACCUCGUGCGCUCAGCUCAGGGCAUUAAGCGACUCGGGCUGUGCGCGGUCACCACGGCCACCGCCGGCGACUUCCCACAGGGACGCUGCGUCCCCACCCCCACCUCGCAGAAGGGCGAGCCAAUCAGAAGCGACAAGAGGUGUCACCCUGGGUAGUGCCCCGUGGAUGCGCCGCCCUCAGCCCAGGGCAGCCGCGCCUCUGCGCCUCGCCCGCGCGUCGUGCCUUUCAUAAGGGGGUGGCGGUGGCGGUGGCGGUGGCGGUGGCGCAGGCUGCUGCCGUGAUGGUCCUCGCUGGGAAAGACGCGCGAUCGCCGUCGGGGAGGGAGCGGGAGCCCGCAGAGCCCCCUGGUUGGCGCUGCCCCGCGGGAUCCCCAUCGGAGCUCCAGGAGCCACUCAGCGAGAGACGGGCGGGCGGGGCUGCAGGACGUGCCCCCGGGCGGGAGGAGCCCUGGCGCUGGAGCCCUCCCCCCUCUGCUGCCACCUGGGUCCUGGAAGUGCAGGAGGGAUGCUUGGUGGGGCGCUGGGCGGGCAGGGGGCACCUAGCCCCGCGGAGAGGGGAGACCCCAGACUGGGGACAAACCCGUGAGCCCGACCCCAGAGGGGCGCCGGCCAGUCAGAAGUGGCUCAAGUAGCGGUGGGCCUGCCUCUGCUCCCCGAGCUGCCAGGAGUGCAUUUCCAGGAAGCACAUCCUUUCCCAGGAGGGCCCCAGUGGCCGUGUGGCCUCGCACCAGGGAGUAGAACCCGAGCCAGGGCCCUCAGAGGCCCAGGCACCAUAGGAGCUAGGGACACAGCUCGGGCACAGCGCUUCCCGCAGGACCCGGCCUGGGCCAUGGAGGGCUCUCUGACUCACCCUGGGUCUUCCCUCCACUGAGCUCCCCAUGUGGGUUCUUUCUGUUGGGUUACAAUCUAUUUUUUUUUUAAGAUUUUAUUUAUUCAUGAGAGAGAGAGAGAGAGAGAGAGAGAGAGGCACAGACACAGGCAGAGGGAGAAGCAGGCUCCCUGCAGGGAGCCCAAUGUGGGACUCGAUCUGGGGACUCCAGGAUCACGCCCUGAGCCAAAGGCAGAUGAUGCUCAACCACUGUGCCAGGAGUCCCUGGGUUACAAUGUUAGUUCACUUAAAUUUCUCCUGCAGUAGCUUCCAAAGCAAGGACAUGGAAUAAACACCGUGUCAGAACAUGUCUUUAUUCUUGACGAAUCUGGCUGGGGUGCUUUCCAUAUCCCUUCAUUUAAAUGCCCUCCCCCACAUUGCGUUGGAUCUUUUUUCCUGAAAAUUCUGAGUCAGAUGAUGGGUGUCCUGGGAAGGCCCUCUUUUGUUUUUCCUGUUCUUCAACUCAUCAUCUUUUUGUUUUACCUUCUAGGAGAUUUUACAAAUUUUGUAAAUUCUUAUCUUUUAACCCUUUUAUAGAAAAUCUUUGACAACCAUUAUUCUGAUUUUAAAGACACUUCCUAGGGAAUAAUGUUUCAGUGUAGACCCUGAGUCCCCGGAGUUUGGUGCUACAUUACAGAUAAUAGUGCCUUAUAGGCCACUCUUGUAGAUUAGGGCCUUUGGUGGGGAGUGCUCCACUAGAGGGCUCUCAGGAGGCGCCUACCACAGAGUGCUCCAUGGAAGUACCCACCACAGAAUACUCUCAGGAGGUGCCCAUGAGAGUGCUCCCAGGAAGACACUUUACCAGAGUGCUCCCACGGCGUACCGACCACAGAAUGUUCCCUUGAGGAUACUCCACCUCAGUGCGCCCAGGAAGUGCUCCCAGGAGGACUCUCCACCAUAGACUGCACCCAGGAAGAUGCUCCACCAGAGUGCUCCCGGAAGGAUAUGCCUGGAAUCCCAGGUGGUCUCAGGGAAGAGUCUGAUUGGCACCCACAUGCCCAUUUUACCUAUGGAUGAAGGGGACCAGCAGCCCCGCUCUACCCGGCGCACUGCACUGCCCUGGGGGAGGGGGACAAGAUCCCCCACAUUCUACAAUGACACACAAAACACCUGACCACCUCGUGAUCCAAAAUCAAGCCUGUAUUUAUCUUCAUUGAUUGACACGUGAACUGAAUGUUUAAAACAACCAGAGUCCACAGUGGAAACAUGGCUUGGGAAUACAGAACAGAGCAGAUGGCUGCAGAGGGCUGAACCCAUGAGGCUCCAAAGUGCAGUGGACACAGGUGUGGACAGCAGGGAACAGAAAGGACACUGAGGUCAGGACAAGGGGACGUUCAGGUGGUUAUGAAAGCAAAACCAAAAUCGAAAGAUCAUGCCAAGGCCUCCACAGGUGGAGGAGCACGCUGAGAAACACCUGCUGACGGCUUUCACAUGGAAGAGUGGACAUAAGCUACUAUUUCUGUUUGCAAUGAACCGUUAGACUCUCCACUCCUACUAAACAUCUACUUGUCUGGUAUGGAUUCCAAGAACGCUGCACAAUGAGCGCUAGAGUCCAGAGAUGUCCUCAAGACCGGAGUGGCCAGUUGAGUGGCCACCGAGGAGGGUGGGUCCGGGAGCUUGGGAGCAGCUCCGACGUGCUGCCAGGCAGCGGGAAGCUUCCUCCCCAGACAGCGGCCAGUCCCACCUCGGAGCGCUUGCAUAGUUGAAAGAUCUGCUGCAGUGAUGCUUCCAAGCAUUUUCAACUGACAGCGAGUGGGUUUUUUGUGACCAUAUUAAACAAAUAACCAGAAAGAUUUCUAGAAACUGCUUUUUAUAAAGUCUACCUAGGUUAAGAAUUUAAUAAUGUCAUAUAUUUAUAUUAACAGGCUAUUUACAUAUUUCAUGUUUUUUU